UCUUAAUGCUGAAGAGCUUCUUCUUUUUUUUUCCCCCCUCAUCGUUUUACCUUUUUUUUAGUUUAGUAAAUUACUGCAGUAAGGAAUAUGCCAAGAAGUGCUGCCUUCUCCUGACUUACCAUGGGGCAACAAGCAAGAGUAUGCCCUUGUUGACCUGCUGCUGUGCUCAUAAGAUGCCCCAAGACUGUGAAACUUAACAAAAAAAAAGUGCCACAGCUUACUUAUUGACUUUCUGCCCCAAGCAAUGGGACAGGCUCAGUCUAGCCUCAGACACACAGCAGAGGAGAGGAACUGAGGGAGUCUUGAGGGGGGGUGGACAUACCUGGAGCCCUACCAACACUUUUACAUGGGAUGUCAGGAAACUGUACUGGAAUAGAGCCGUGCUGAUUUGCUGCUAUGACUUGCUUGCGCUGGCAGAGCUGAGUGGCCGGCUGCUAAGUCACUUUGUAUGGGCAGGACACUGCGAGAGGGAGCCGCUGCCCGCGGUGCUGAAGGAGUGCGCCGCUGUCCGUGGUGCUGAAAGAAGGAGCCGCUGUCCGUGGUGCUGAAAGAAGGAGCUGCUGUCCGUGGCGCUGAAUGAGUGAGCCGCUCGCUGUCCGCGGUGCUGAAGUAAAGAGGCGCUGUCCGUGGUGCUGAAAGCUCCUUCACUGUCUGACUCCGCUCUCCAAGAAGGGACGUCUAUUGGGAUCCGCGCUUCAGCACUUUCCCCGCUGGACAGCAACCCACCACCGCGCCGACAGCAUGUGCAGCCUCAGCGCGCUGGGCAUCUACCUAUGGGAGACCCUUGUAUUCUUCAGCCUCGCAGCCUCCAAAGAGGUGGGGGCCUCCGUCCGUUCCAAUCCCAAGCAAAUGUCACCAUCUGAUUUCUUGGACAAGUUGAUGGGAAAAAUUUCUGGAUAUGAUGCCCGAAUUCGCCCUAACUUCAAAGGUCCUGCGGUAAAUGUCAGCUGCAACAUCUUCAUAAACAGCUUUGGCUCUAUUGCAGAAACCACCAUGGAUUACAGGCUGAAUAUUUUUCUGCGUCAACAAUGGAAUGACCCCCGUCUGGCUUACAGUGAAUAUCCUGAUGACUCCCUGGAUUUGGAUCCCUCUAUGUUGGACUCCAUCUGGAAGCCUGAUCUGUUUUUUGCCAAUGAGAAAGGGGCAAAUUUUCAUGAAAUCACCACUGACAACAAGCUGCUAAGAAUCUUCAAAAAUGGCAAUGUUCUGUACAGCAUUCGGUUGACUUUGACUUUGGCGUGUCCCAUGGAUCUGAAAAACUUUCCAAUGGAUGUUCAAACGUGCAUCAUGCAACUAGAAAGCUUUGGUUAUACAAUGAAUGAUCUGAUCUUCGAGUGGGAAGAAGUGGGCGCUGUGCAGGUGGCAGACGGUCUUACCCUGCCACAGUUUAUUAUGAAAGAAGAGAAGGAUCUACGGUACUGCACCAAACACUAUAGUACUGGUAAAUUCACUUGCAUUGAAGCUCGCUUCCACUUGGAGAGACAGAUGGGUUACUAUCUCAUUCAGAUGUACAUUCCGAGCCUGCUAAUUGUCAUUCUGUCCUGGGUGUCUUUCUGGAUCAACAUGGAUGCUGCACCUGCCAGAGUUGGCCUUGGCAUCACCACUGUGCUGACCAUGACCACUCAGAGCUCUGGAUCUCGAGCAUCUCUUCCUAAGGUAUCCUAUGUGAAAGCUAUUGAUAUCUGGAUGGCAGUGUGCUUGCUCUUUGUCUUUUCUGCCCUGUUGGAGUACGCCGCUGUCAACUUUGUCUCACGACAGCACAAGGAGCUUCUACGUUUUAGGAGGAGGCGACGACACCACAAGGAGGAUGACACCGGUGAAGGGCGCUUCAGCUUUGCCGCCUAUGGAAUGGGCCCUGCAUGUCUCCAGGCCAAAGAUGGGAUCUCUGUAAAGGGGAACAACAACAACAACCCCACCAGUUCCGCACCCACUGGUCCGAAAACUAAAACUGAUGAUGAGAUGCGCAAGCUUUUUAUCGCCCGGGCCAAAAAAAUCGACAAGUUUUCCAGGAUCGGUUUUCCUUUGGUUUUUCUUAUAUUCAAUACUUUCUACUGGAUCAUCUACAAGAUUGUGCGUAGCGAGGAUGUUCACAAGCAGUGAAAGUGAAGCAGGUUGGGGGAGGGAAACAGACAUAAUAAAAUUCAGUAUUUUGAAAAAAAAACUUAAGUUUGGAAUGGAAAUUAAAGAUUGAAGCGCAAGCAAAAAGAAGGAAGUGAAGAAAUGUGAUUAAUGGAAAUAUUAAGAAGUGGAACUUUUACUGUGCUUAGCAUAUGUGUACCCCAUGCAUUUUGCUUCUAUAUGUCGGGGACACAAAUGUCACCAAUUUGUUUAGAAAUCAUAAAAUUUCAAGGAAAAUGAUGGAAGGACAGGUUACUACAGAGCAAAUAUAAAUGCAAAAUGAAACACAUUGGAUAACAUAAAAAGCAGUUUUGAAGAAAUGGAGACAAAAGGCAUUGUCUUCAGAAACACUCAAAAAUUGUUAUCUACAAAAACAAAAAAAAAA